AUGCGGAAGCUGCGCAUACCUUUCUUUCGCAUCUGGUACAGCACCACUUAUACCGUCAUCUUCCUAAUCCUAGUAGUCCUCCUUGCGGUAUCGCCGGCCGAUCUCAUUUCCCAGACCAUCCGCAACCGCUCCUACCCGAAUGCCUUUGUCGUCGGCGGCGUCUAUGUGCUCACCCUCGUCAUCAUCCUCUUCAUCUUCGCCAGCCGCCUCUACACGAAUCGCACCGUUCUCGCCGGCAUCCCCAAGGCAUACAUACCGGUCGAAAAGGGCGAGGUGGGCAAGACUGUCCGGCGCAUGAUUGUGAAGGGUUUCGAACGAAGCGCUCUAAUUGCAUGGGAUUCGCGUCCGCGAGACGUCAGGACUGAACUGGACGAUGGCGAUGUCAGUACGACGCCUUCGGUCGAGCGUCAUCAUCAUCAUCCGCCCUUCAAGAGGAAACACCGCUCCAGGGAUAUGAAUGUUAUCCCGAUAGACCCGGAGAAACCCCCUUGGGGACAUAUCUCGCACCCAGGAUGGUCUUCGCCGUCUGCGAACAACUUGCCUACCCUGCAGUACGAUACCGUCGUGGCAGAGCUGCCGAACCUCAUUGAAGCAAAAGCGGUCUCGCUCGCUCCUUCGCACCCCGCCUUCGCGUUUCCGAUGCCCGACAAUGGAGCGCCACUCAUGCCCGAUGCCCGCAUCGUAGCCUUACUUCAACGCCCUGCGACAAUGGGUCUGCGAGACUAUAUCGGUCACCUCUCUUCCUUUGGUCUUAUCAAUCCGCCCGAGUUGGGAACCGCAUUUCUGGAUCGCUACGAGUACGCACGCUUCUCCAUGUUGCCGCUUUCGGAGGACCAGUUCCGUGACCUAAUGGAGAUUUUUGCCGAAAUUCUCACAGGCAUGACUGGCCUCAAUCCCGACCUUGUGGUCCAACUGCAAGCGGAGGAAUAUGGUUCAGACACGAGCAGCCUGGCACCUUCGCAUAGGACUUCUCAUUCUAACGCCUCAACCAUUCACUACAAGACACCCCAGCCAAGACCUCAAACUGGCUCCACAUACACGCAGAGUACCACAUCCACACCGGUUCGGAGGGAUAGCAUUAGCAGUAGGAGCAUAGGAACCGUACGAACAGCACGAACACGCUUCUUCGACGCCUACUCCGAGCAUAGGACCCUCUCUCGGACGUCUUCCGGUAUCUCAAGGCCAUCCACACAAGGAUCAGUUCGCCCACCACGCACACCUGCCUCGCUGGCUCCAUCGUCUACGUCAUCGUUGCGAUCCGCAAGAAGUGUCAUCAGAUUGACGCCGAAUCCUAGACCCGGGGAGGUGCCUUAUCAAUUUGACUUGGGAGGCGGUUGA